AUGAAUGCAGACACCCAAGACAGCCCAGCUCCAGCUGCAGCCAUUUCGCAUUUCAAGUCUACUACAUGGGCGGGCAAGUAUCUUGACUCCUCCAGCUACAGGCUCAUUCCCACGUCUCCCAGAUACCUCAAAGCCACUGGGGAAGAUGCUUUCUUCGCUCGUACCAUCAAUACGCCCACAACUAUUCCUUACUGUUUGAGCCUCUGCCGACACGACCUGAAGUUGCCAGAAGGAGGCUCGCCCUUCAAUCGGAUAGCUUCUCCCAGCACCAAAUCAUCUCCAUCACCCACCCCGUCUGUGUUCGAUUGUGUUUGGCUGCUUCAUCUUGCUGAGCCUGGAAUCAAUGGGCAUCCCAGAACUGCUCACGGCGGAGUCUUGGCCUGCAUUCUAGACGAGCUCACUGGAAUGUGCGCGAUAUUGCAUCAAGCCGACAGGUCAAUUCCCAUAUACACAGCCUCCCUCGAGACAAGAUUCAAAGCACCGGUUAUCCUCCCUACUGAUGUUAUUUGCCGGGCCUGGGUUACCCGGAAGGAGGGCCGCAAAUAUUGGCUGCGAGCCCAUAUUCUGGACGAGAGAGGUACGGUGAUGACCGAAGGCGAGGCGCUUCUCAUAGAGUCGAAGACCAAGGAAAAGCUCUGA